AGCCUGGAUUUUUGUUACCAGGCCAUUAAAACAUCAUCCUUUUCCGCUUUGAGGAACAUGUCUUACAAGUCAGAAGAUAGACAAGAUUCAAGUUUGACCAGCGAUGGUCCGCCUAGAGACUACAAUGGUUCAAAAGACGGUCAAUCAGGGCAAGAUGGCCAAAUCAUUGAGUCAAACUGGGACGAAGUAUGUGAGAGUUUUGAUGAUAUGAAUUUACGUGAAGAUUUACUCAGAGGAAUUUAUUCUUAUGGUUUUGAGAAGCCAUCUGCCAUUCAGCAAAGAGCUAUUAUUCCAUGUUGUCAAGGUCGAGAUGUCAUUGCUCAAGCACAAUCAGGUACUGGAAAAACAGCAACGUUCUCCAUUGCUAUCUUACAACAAAUUGAGUUGGAGUAUACAAAACCCCAGGCAUUGGUUUUGGCCCCAACAAGAGAACUUGCUCAACAGAUUCAAAAGGUUGUUGUAGCACUUGGUGAUUACAUGGAUGUGAAAUGCUAUGCUUGUAUUGGAGGUACAAGUGUCAGCCUUGGAAUAAGCAAAUUGAAAGAAGGUCAACAUGUUAUUGUUGGAACACCUGGUCGUGUUUAUGACAUGUUGAAUAGAGGAACUUUAGAGCGCGAACAAAUAAAAUUUUUUGUUCUUGAUGAAGCCGAUGAAAUGUUAUCAAGAGGUUUCAAGGAUCAAAUCUAUGACAUUUUUCAACUGCUUCACAACGAUAUCCAAGUGAUCUUAUUGUCAGCAACUAUGCCAGUUGACGUACUUGAAGUUACUAAACGUUUUAUGAGAGAUCCCAUUCGAAUUCUUGUAAAGAAAGAGGAGCUCACUUUGGAAGGAAUCAGGCAGUUUUAUGUUCAAGUUGAUAAAGAGGAGUGGAAGUUUGAAACCUUAUGUGACUUGUACGAGACAUUGACUAUCACCCAGGCUGUAAUAUUUCUCAAUACACGAAGGAAAGUUGAUUGGUUAACAGAGAAAAUGCAGCAGAAAGAUUUUACUGUUUCCGCAAUGCAUGGAGAUAUGGAUCAAAAGGAACGUGAUCUUAUAAUGAAAGAAUUUCGUUCUGGAUCCAGUAGAGUGUUGAUUACAACCGAUUUAUUGGCUCGUGGAAUUGAUGUUCAACAAGUUUCUUUAGUUAUUAACUAUGACCUCCCAGCAAAUCGCGAAAAUUAUAUUCAUAGAAUUGGAAGAGGUGGACGAUUUGGACGAAAAGGUGUCGCCAUAAAUUUUAUCACCAUGGAAGAUUCGCGUGUAUUAAAAGAUAUAGAAUCUUUUUACAACACUGAGAUUGAGGAAAUGCCAAUGAACGUGGCAGACUUGAUUUAAAUCAGCCAUUAUACUCUUCUGUCAUAACAUGAAUUUUUUGUCAGAAGACACAUUUUGUCGUUGAGGUAUUUCUAUAAUAUGGUCCAAGUCAUUCAUAGCAAGCUGUUUAUACUGUCCUGUACGAGUCAGUUUGAUGUAAAAUCUCUUGGAAUUAAUAUUUUUUGUCUUACCAUAAA